GUCGCUCUUGCUCUUACUGCGCACGCUGUUACAACUUGCCAGGAUAGAUGGACGUCGAACAGCUGCAUGCAAGGAGGCUCCUCUCGCACGCCGCGGCGGCGGUGGCGGAGGCGACGGCGGCUGCCCCGUCGCAGGGGCCGGCCGUGCACGAGCAGGUGCAGGUGGCCGAAGCGCGCGCGCGCGCCGCGGCGCCCUUCAGCUCGCUGAACGCGACAGUGAUCACGGUGCUGUCGCUGCUCCUAUGCGGCCUCGUCGUCGUGCUCGCGGUCCACGCGGUCGUGCGGUGCGCGUUCCGCGUCACGUGCCGCGUGUGCUACGGCCAGGAGGAGCCCCCUGGGGGCGGCGCCGGGGCGUCGGGGGCCUCUUCCUCCUCCUCCUCCUGCCAGGCCGACCACAGGAGGAAGGCCGGCCGGUCCCGGCGCGCGCUCCCGCCGCCGGUGGUCUACCCGCCCGAGGUCGAGCUCGCCGGGUGCGGCGCGGCGGAAUGCGCCAUCUGCCUCACCGAGUUCGCGCACGGCGACCGCGUGCGCGCGCUGCCGCACUGUAACCACGGGUUCCACGUGCGGUGCAUCGACCGCUGGCUCGCCGCGCGGCAGACGUGCCCCACGUGCAGGCGGGCGCCGUUCGCCGCUAAGCCCUCCCUGCCGGAGAGAGCGGAGGCGCCGGAGGGCGCGCAGCUUCAGGUGCAAGUUGACGCUGGUGCCGGGCGGAACGAGACUCAAUAGCGGAAAGCUGCGAAGAUUAACUGUAUAGUGUUUGGUGGACAGUGAAAAUUUUUGGGCGUGCUCUCCUCUGUGAUACUGCGGUCAUGAUCCUUUUUCUUCUUCUUCCCCCCCUAAAGCUGUACAAGUGGCCCGGUCCAAUGGUGUGAGAGUGGUACCUGCAAUUGCAAAUAUAAGGCCUUUGUACAACUAGCAUUUCCAUAGCUCCAGUUUGCCAUGGUACGGUGGUGGCACGGAAGUUGUCCAUCACUCGACCUUGUUUAGUUUCGCAAUUAGUACGUGUUGGAACUCGGAAGUGAGUGAGGCCCGAUGUGUUCGGCUCUGCAACAAGGAAACAUGAAACGGCCCACACUAAACAUUCAGCCCA